AUAUAUCUUAGAUUUAAAAUAUUGGCAUAGUUUUGAUUAAUUUAAGGUGUUUCUAUCUCUAUGGAAAGCUAUUAUUAUAAGGAUAAUCAAUUUUUAUUUGAAUCAGAGGAAAAAUAAGCUGAAAAUUUAGUAAAGUUUUUUUGCAUUAAGAAUGGCACAGAGUCAGCUUUUUAAAGUUUCUGGAAAACGAUUUACGCAGAUUCUGAGUGUAACCAUGCUAGUUACUAUGUCAGUUUACUGCUUCAGAAAAGAAUAUAUUAGUGCAGAUCCUUUAAAAAUUGGUAUUCCGAAUCCUAACAUGUUUUCAAAAAUUUUGUCCCGUGAAGAGCAAAUAGAGAAACUUAAAUCUCAUCCUAAGAAUGAUGGUAAUGAAUAUGAUCUUUUGGUGAUUGGAGGAGGUGCUACGGGAGCAGGGUGUGCAUUAGAUGCUGCUAGUAGGGGAUUAAAAGUAGCCUUAGUUGAAAAAUAUGAUUUCUCUAGUGGAACAAGCAGCAAAAGCACGAAAUUAAUACAUGGGGGUAUACGAUAUUUGGAAAAAGCGUUUACGACAUUAGAUUGGGACCAAUAUGCUCUUGUUCAAGAAGCUUUGCAUGAAAGAUCAAUUUUUUUAUAUAAUGCACCGCACUUAGCAUUUAUUUCUCCAAUAAUGAUUCCUAUUUAUAAAUGGUGGAAAGUCCCUUAUUUUUGGGUAGGAGUUAAAAUAUAUGAUUUUCUAGCUGGUGAUAAAAAUACGAAAUCGUCUUAUUUCUUAACUAAAGCGAAGACUUUGGAAAAUUUUCCUAUGUUAAGAACUAAUGAUUUGGUUGGAGCUUUAGUAUAUUAUGAUGGUCAGCAUAAUGAUUCACGUAUGAAUAUUGGUUUAAUAUUAACCUCCGUAUUAUAUGGAGCAAAUGUUGCAAAUUAUGUUGAGGUUUUUGAAUUCAAAAAAAAUGAAAAUGGGAAGAUUUGUGGGGCAGUAGUUAGAGAUUGUUUAACUGGGGAUACAUGGACAAUUGCAGCUAAAGGAGUAAUAAAUGCUACAGGACCUUUUGCAGAUAUUUUAAGAAAUCUUGAUUCUUCAUUAACCCCAAAAAUGCUAUCUUUAUCAUCCGGGACGCAUAUAAUUCUUCCUGGAUAUUAUUCUUCGCCUAAUAUUGGAUUUAUUGAUCCUAGUACAUCUGAUGGACGUGUGAUUUUUUUUUUACCAUGGCAAGGAAAUACUCUUAUUGGAACUACUGAUUCUCCUACUAAAAUUUCAUUCGAUCCUACUCCUAAAGAAGAGGAGAUUUCUUGGAUUUUGUCUGAGGUUAAAAAAUACCUCAGUCCUGAAUUUAUUGUUAGGAGAGAGGAUGUGCUUGCUGCUUGGUCUGGUAUUAGACCUUUGGUUCAUAAACCUGGCUCAAAAGAUACAAGGAGUUUAAUAAGAAGUCAUAUAAUAGACGUCAGUGAUAGCGGGCUUUUAACUAUUUCUGGUGGAAAAUGGACAACAUAUAGACGAAUGGCAGAGGAUACUAUUGAUAGGGCUAUUAAGGAAUUUAAUCUUAAGCCUUCUUCCGCUAAAUGUUUAACACAAAAUGUUCAAUUAAUAGGGGCAUCUGGAUGGAGUGAUACACUUUAUGUUUCUUUAAUCCGUCAAUUUGGAAUUGAUUUAGAUAUUUCAAAAUAUUUGUCUGAAAAUUAUGGCGAUCGUGCUUCUUCUGUUCUUAAUAUGUCAAAGUUGACAGGAAAAAGAGGACAUGUUAGAGGAAUUAGGUUAAGUGAUAAAUAUCCUUUUAUUGAUGGAGAAGUUCGUUAUGCAGUUAGAAUGGAAUAUGCUCAAACAUGUUCGGAUGUUUUAGCAAGACGAACGAGGUUAGCAUUUUUAGAUGUUCUAGCUUCAUUAGAUGCCCUUCCUAAAGUUAUUGAUAUUAUGUCUGAAGAAUUAAAUUGGUCCGAAACACGUAAAGAACUUGAAUGGAAAAAUACAAUUGAAUUUUUAUGUUCUAUGGGUCUUUCUGAAACAAUGAGAAAUUUAACAAGAGCUGAUGUUGAAAAUGGUAAUUUUUAGGAAUAUAAAUAGUAUUAAUUAUUUUUAUUCGAAGAGCAUAAUACUUAAAAAGUAUGAUGAAAAUAAGUAAUUUGUAGUAAAUUCUAUUAUAUAAUGACAUAGUUUUCAUUUUUAUAAUAUCCGGGUA